AUGGACAUAGAUCCUCCACUUCAAGAGACUUACAAGGCCCUUUUCAAGGACGCUCGUGUGAAAGCAAAAGAUGAUCAAAAGAACCUUCUCAAUAUGGUUGAAGAAUGUGAGCUGCCUCUCAUUGAUAUCAGUCGCUUAACGUUUGGACAUUUGGAGAGAGAGAAGUGCAUAAAAGAGACGGCUGAAGCUGCAACCCAGUGGGGCUUCUUUCAAGUACUGAAUCAUGGGGUUCCAAGGGAGGUUUUGGAAAGCUUGAAAUUUGAGCAAAUGAAGGUGUUUCAUGAACCCUUUAACAAGAAGGCUGAUGAGAAAUUCUUGAAUGUAUUGGCAAAUAGUUACCGGUGGGGGAACCCUGAAGCUACUUGUUUGAGUCAGUUCUGUUGGUCCGAAGCUUUUCACAUAUCUCUAACUGAUGUUUCCAAGAUGAGAGAAUACAAGAAUCUCAGGUCAACCAUUGAAGCUUUCGCAAAAACAGCUGCCCUGCUAGCUCAAAAUUUAGCUGAAGUUUUAGCUCAAAACUUGGCUAUCCAUUCCAGUUUCUUUGGAGAAAAUUGUUCACCAAGCACUAGUUACCUUCGAAUGAACAGAUACCCACCAUGUCCAAUUUCUUCAGAGGUUCGUGGCAUGAUGCCUCACACCGAUAGUGGGUUCCUAACAAUUCUAUAUCAAGACCAAGUUGGGGGACUGCAAUUUAUGAAAGAUGGGAGAUGGGUUAGUGUUAGACCUGAGCCAGAAGCUCUAACAAUCAGUAUUGGUGACUUGUUCCAGGCAUUUAGCAAUGAUGUUUACAGAAGCAUCGAACACAGGGUAGUAGCUCAAGAAGUUGAAAGAUUUUCAGUGGCAUAUUUCUACUGUCCCUCUUAUGAUGCUGUAAUAGAGAGUAGCAUUAAGCCAGUUAGGUAUAGAAAGUUCAGUUUCAGAGAGUAUAGGCAGCAAAUCCGGAAGGAUGUUCAAGCUACUGGAGACAAAAUUGGGUUGUCUAGGUUUCUCUUGUAA